AUGAUCCUUCUAAUGAGUAGCCUCGCACGUCGACCAGGACGAAUAGUGAAGAUGGGCAUAGUCUUCUACAAGGAAGUGCAAGUGCAUGGCAGAACAUGGAACCCACCUAAGAAAGUAGUGUGUCUUGGCAGGAUUCGAAAAGUAGUAGAAACGAACGGUAAAAGGAUGAUGGAAAGUAGAAGCAUGACGCGGUCUUCAGUAUGGGAGAAGCUGUGUGGACGUUUAUGGCUCGUCUCACCGAGGGCCGUUUGUAUCCGCAUCAUCAUCAACAUCAAGCAGUUUCAGCAUCAGACAGAUCGCAAAAGGAAAGGCAAAUAA